GGAUGUGCUGGUCAGACCAGUUUCCAAGCCGGGUUUAUAGGAAGCCUUCAGAGCGUGGAAGAAAACUCAAGGAGCUGCAUUCGGUUGGGAACGAAGCGUGAGGGACAGCUGUUUUAGCUUCUGGAGCUUAUGCACAACUCAGAGAAGCUCAACAAAGCAUUGAAUGUGCCGGAACUCAUACCUGCAAGAUAAGGCAUCAGCUGUGAGGCUUCUGUGUCUCAACCAUGUUUUCCUCCACUGCUCCGUACAAAAACCAACACUACGAUGAACUGAAGAAGAACUGCAUCAGGAGCAAGGUGCUGUUUGAAGAUCCAGAGUUCCCAACUAUCAAUUCAUCGCUGUAUUUUAGGAAACCACCCCCUGGAGUUGUGGAGUGGAAAAGGCCUGGGGAGAUGUGUGACUCGCCUCAUCUGUUCGUUGAGGGCAUCAGUUCCCAUGAUUUGAACCAGGGACUUGUGGGAAACUGCUGGUUUGUUGCCGCCUGCUCCUGCUUGGCUCUGAAGCCAAACCUGUGGAAAAGGGUUAUUCCUGACUGGAAGGACCAAGAGUGGGAUCCCAAUCACCCAGAGAACUAUGCUGGCAUCUUCCACUUCCAGUUCUGGAUCUUUGGUGAGUGGAUAGAUGUGGUGGUGGACGACCGGCUGCCCACCAUCGCCGGAGAACUCAUCUACUGCCACUCAAAACAGAAUAAUGAAUUCUGGAGCGCUCUGCUGGAGAAAGCCUAUGCCAAGCUUUCCGGCUGCUAUGAGUGCCUGGAGGGGGGAAAUACUGGGGACGCUGUGGUGGAUUUCAGUGGAGCUGUAUCUGAAGCCAUCAACCUGGAGGCAGAAGCUUUUCACACAGACCAAAAGAGACAAGACCAGCUGUUUGAGGACCUGCUCAAGGUGUACGACCGAGGCGGCAUCAUCAGCUGCUCUAUUAAGGCAGCGCCUCAUGAAAUAGAGCUGAAGAUGUCUAAUGGGCUGGUGAAAGGCCACGCAUACUCGGUGACUGCAGUGAAGCGAGUGCGUUUGGGUCACGGGCUGCUGGCCUACUUCAAAAAUGAAACCAUUCCUCUGAUCCGCAUGAGAAACCCCUGGGGAAAGAUGGAGUGGAACGGGGCUUGGAGCGACAGCUCGGAGGAAUGGGCAAAGGUCGGCGACACGGAGAGGGGCAACCUGGGCAUCACCGUGGAGGACGAUGGAGAGUUCUGGAUGUCAUUCACGGACUGGUGUCAGUUCUUCACCGACGCAGACGUUUGCAGAGUCAUCAAUACGUCGGUCAUCAGCAUCCACAAGACGUGGGACGAGGUCGUUCACUUCGGCAGCUGGACCAAAAGCGCAGAGCCGCUGUUGAACCGCUGCGGCGGCUGCGCCAACCACAAGCCCACGUUCCUGCAGAACCCACAGUACUUGUUUGAUGUGACAAAGGAGUCUGAUGAAGUCUUGGUCUCCCUGCAACAAAGAGACAUGAAGAUCCACAGAAGAAUUGGCCAAGGAGAAAACCUGACCAUCGGUUUCAAUAUCUUCAAGGUGGAGCUGAACAGGAAAUACCGGAUGCACGACAUCUUGACGCAGCUGUGCGUGGCCACCUCCACCUACAUCAACGCCAGGACAGUGUUCAUGCGGAUCGUGUUGGCCCAGGGCCGAUACGUCAUCAUGCCCACCACCUUCAAACCCGACACGCUGGGGGACUACAUGCUACGAGUCUUCACUGAUGUGGACUCGGGCUGCCGGGAGCUGACGGAGGACAAGCCAAGGAUAAAAUGCUGGAGUUCGUUCUUUGGAUAUCCACAAGCUGUGACUCACGUGUACGUCCACGGAGCCGAGGGCCUGCAGAACCAGGACAGAACAGGAGGUGCAGACCCCUAUGUGAUCAUCUCCUGCGAGGGCCGGUCGGUCAGAUCCACCAUCAAGAAUGACACUUUACAACCAGAGUUUGCAACCAGCGCCAUAUUCUACAGGAAGAAGCCCGGGAAGCCUAUAACAGUGGAGGUGUGGAACAGUAAUGCGGUGAGGGAUGAGUUCCUGGGCCAGGUGGUGCUGGCCGGCUCGGUGCAGGACACCAUGGAGCCCCAGAGCCUGCAGCUGAGGAAGAGCGGCCGGCAGGCGGCCGACGAGAUGCCCGGCAGGAUCGCCCUGCGGGUCAUCACCGCCACCCAGCUGAUCGCCAUGUGACCUCUGUACUGACCAAUCAGCAACUACUUGUUUCAUUUGUUUGACGUGUGCACUCACUCAGGCACCAAAACCAGAAGUUUACAGUUAACCUAAGUUUGAGGAACUGUGUAAAAAGUUGGCAGGUUAACAGGUUGUGUUUUAUGUAACUUAUGAAACCUUUUUAUACAGAUGCUUUUAUAUGUUUUACUCCAUGUUAAUCACACUGCAAGCAACAUGGCAGUUAGAUUACAGAACUGUCUCAGAAAAUUAGAAUAUUGUGAUAAAGUCCUUUAUUUUCUGUAAUG